AUCUCUGCGGUCGCGAUGAAGUGCCUGAUUCUCCUUUCCGUCAUCGGACUAGCUGCGGCUGGCUUACUCCAGGGAUACAACUUGCCAGGGCCAGGAGGCGGAGGCUUCACCCAUGGUCAUUCGGGAACAUUCAGUCAGGGGACAUCCUUUGGUCAAGGAAGUACAUCCUUUGGACAGGGAAUUUCGUCGGGAAGUACAUCCUUUGGACAGGGAAUUUCGUCGGGAAGUACUUCCUUUGGACAAGGAAUUUCGUCGGGAAGUACUUCCUUUGGCCAAGGAAUUUCGUCGGGAAGUACUUCCUUUGGACAGGGAAUUUCGUCGGGAGGUACUUCCUUUGGACAGGGAAUUUCCUUUGGAACUUCAUCUGGAACGACCUUCGGCCACGGAACUUCUUCGGGAGUAAACUUCGGAAUAAACCAGGGUUCUUGCGGAGGUGGACAGGUGCGCCACGUGGAUGGAAGGUGUGUGACGCCUCGUGUGAACCGUCGCGUCUUUCUCUACGACGUUCCUUCCAACGUGCAGACAAGCGGCCCUGUCAACAUCCCCGAACCUCGCGUCGAGACUAACGUCCUCUUGAUCCGCACACCCGAAGGAGGCCUCGGGCCGCAACCCGUGGUCAUUCCUCCGCCCAGACAGCAGCACGUGGUGUACGUUCUCAACAAGCAGAGCAGCCAAGACCAGCGGGUGAUCGAGGUACCCUCUUCUGGCCCUUCAACCCCUGAGGUUUACUUCGUCAACUACGCGGACGGAGAGAACCCAACCCUUCCGAGCGGGGUGGACCUUCAAACUGCCCUUCAGUCAGCAAGCCAAGGCACAGGUCAAGACGUCGGCUCAGCGAUUUCAUCAGGCCAGUCCAGCUCCUUCAGCAGCAGUCAGUCCUUCGACUCGGGAACUCAAGUGUUUGAUUCAGGCUCAUCCUUUGUGAGCCAGCCUGGUUGUACACACACAAACCUUGAGUAUACAAGGUACUUUAAGUAAAUGAAACUGUUCAGUUGAUAAGUUUAUUCUAACCGAUUUAUUGUUAUUUUUAUAAUCUUUCCAAAAUGAUAUAAGCCUCCCUUUGAAUAUACUACAAA